CGGCGUUCCAUUCUCAUUCUCAUCUUUUAACGCCGUUUCUUUCCCAUUUUCACGCCAUGUCGCCACAGUCCAUCCUCGUCUCCUACAACCUCUGUCCUCCAGCCGAAACACCGCAGCCCACGGCAGGCCCAUCCUCUCAGCCAGUACCGUCUUCUGCAACCUUUUCUUUCCCUAUUCCUCCGCCGUCUCUCAAGACCAAAGCAUCCACAUUAUCAGCAACGACGCAAUACUACACCUCUGCCUCCGCGGCUCUCCUGGCUGCGCAGGCGACGCUUAAUGAGAAGCUGACAUACUGGAAAGACGCUAUUGGAGACAAGGAAAAAGCAAAAGAGGACGUUGGAGCAGUAGGGUUUGGUAGGGGAAAAGCGAUGAUGAUGAGCAAUGAGGUUAUUGGAGAAAUGAAGAAUGGACAGGAACAAGAAGAAAGUUCGGAGGAAGAGGAAUAGUAACACUAUCAUCUCGGUGUGUCGUUGGAGAUUACAUAUAGACCAAAAUCUCGGGCACGAGUGUUGGUGCAUACCUCCCUGUUGUGCGGCGUUGUUGUUCAUCGUUAUUUCCCGAGACAUAAACACGUCUAAAAGACUCGGGGCCGCAAAGGCAGGGAGUCGCAAAGAGCGGUACUAGACUUGCAGUUGAUGUAUUAUGUAUCCUCAGUUGAU